CAUUGUUUCCCGCCGGCGCCUGGGAUCGAACCCAGGACCACAGGAUCACAAGUCCCGUGUGCUGUCCGCUCGGCCGACCAGCUCCCUUAUGCAUAAUGACAGUUGAUGAUGUAUGGUAUUAGGAAGGUAUAUGUUGCAUUUGUUUUUGUCGUUGAAGAUUCAUCUACUCUGAACAAAAGUGUCAAGUAACACGGGCUAUGGCGAUCCCAAAGUGGACAUUUUUUUCCCCCCAUAUCCUCUGUGUUGCAGGAUCGCCCCGGGCUUGGGAGGCGGAGAUCCGCUGCUACGCCUCCACCAACAAGAACGGUGAAUGGUUCGAGUUUAACGAGCCCGUGCCAAACCUGGCCAGCUUCAGCUUCGACAACACUGUUGAGAGUGUUACAGUCACCGGCAUGUGGAUCUUGUACCAAGAACCCGACUACAACACCCAGGUCUCUGGUUCCGUCUUCUGGUUGGAUGGUAUCGACUUCACAGCGGACGUUCCCUCUCAAUACGCUAAUAUGGCCUCGUCUCUACGGUACGCUGGCAGCCCUUUCCAGCUGAACGAGGACUCCUGGACGAUGUAUACUGGGCAGGGGUUCACCGAGGACACCCUCUACGGCGCCUCUGAUAUGCCCUCCCUCGGACGCCUGUCCGCUGACGUCUCCUCCAUCAUCCUUACAGGCACCAGCGCCUGGACCUUCUACCAGGGAGAGAGUUACACCGGCGGGGGUGUGUGUCUGCGGCCAGACACCCAUCACCACAACACUCUCUUCAAGAGCUUCGACGUCGGCAUCUUCCCGACGUCCGCUGAGUUCAACCUCCAAGAUAACAGCAUCAGGUCGGUGAGGAAGGGAUGCUACUCUGAGGCCGUGGCUCCCUACAACUCUACCACCACCUACUUCGGGGAGUACUCUGCCAGUGGUGCCUGGGGGUACUUCCACCUUUAGGUGUCUCAGGGGCAUACCUACCUCUAGGUGCUUGGAGGGGCAUGCCCUCCUCUAGGUGUCUGGAGGGUACUUCCACCUCUAGGUGCCUCAGGGGCAUACCUACCUCUAGGUGCUUGGAGGGGCAUGCCCUCCUCUAGGUGUCUGGAGGGUACUUCCACCUCUAGGUGUCUCAGGGGCAUACCUACCUCUAGGUGCUUGGAGGGGCAUGCCCUCCUCUAGGUGUCUGGAGGGUACUUCCACCUCUAGGUGCCUCAGGGGCAUACCUACCUCUAGGUGCUUGGAGGGGCAUGCCCUCCUCUAGGUGUCUGGAGGGUACUUCCACCUCUAGGUGCCUCAGGGGCAUACCUACCUCUAGGUGCUUGGAGGGGCAUGCCCUCCUCUAGGUGUCUGGAGGGUACUUCCACCUCUAGGUGCCUCAGGGGCAUACCUACCUCUAGGUGCUUGGAGGGGCAUGCCCUCCUCUAGAUGUCUGGAGGGUACUUCCACCUUUAGGUGCCUCAGGGGCAUACCUACCUCUAGGUGCUUGGAGGGGGCAUGCCCUCCUCUAGGUGUCUGGAGGGUACUUCCACCUCUAGGUGCCUCAGGGGCAUACCUACCUCUAGGUGCUUGGAGGGGCAUGCCCUCCUCUAGGUGUCUGGAGGGUACUUCCACCUCUAGGUGCCUCAGGGGCAUACCUACCUCUAGGUGCUUGGAGGGGGCAUGCCCUCCUCUAGGUACUAACCUAACCUAUCAAUGCAGAUGUUCAUUGGACCGAGCAAGCUUCCAAAUUAAGGUUCCUUAAUUCCCUCAAGUGUCAGGAGAUGAUGUAUGUAGUGUGUGUGUGUGCGUGUGUGUGUGUGUGUGUGUGUGUGUGUGUGUGUGUGUGUGUGUGUGUGUGUGUGUGUGUGUGUGUGUGUGUGUGUGUGUGUGUGUGUGUGUGUGUGUGUGUGU